AUGUCUACUUCUUCCAGUGCACUAAACCAAGAAAGUGGAAGUUUAACUACUGCACUAACUAUUGUUACCGUAAAAUAUGCUAGAAGUAAAUCACCACAACUUUCUAGAAGAAAAUCUGCCUCCCUCUUACAAGGCGAUAUUCCCAAUAAUAAUAAAUCCUUUACCGGAAAUUAUCUUCCUACUAUGGACGAUAAUAAUAUUGAAACGAAAGCAUUAAAAAAAAUAUCAAAAGAUAUUGAUGAAGUAAAUAAUAAAGAUCAUUAUAAAAGAAAACAACAAGCUAUAUCAGCAAUAAGAUAUGGUUUAAAAAAGUCGCAGGAUAGUAACCGUGCUAAAAAGGAAGCGCUUUUAUCAGCCAAACGCUAUUCCGGAUACCUUAAAGAUGACGAUUCUCUAACCGUGCCCAAAAAGAUUCUUUCCAGCGUACUGGAAUAUAUUGGUAACACUCCCAUGAUUCGUUGCGGAAAUAUAAUUAAAGAGUAUGGACUACAAUGCGAACUCUAUGCCAAGUGCGAAUUUUUCAGUUGUGGUGGCUCGGUUAAGGAUAGGAUUUCGAUUAGAAUGUUCGAAGAAGCUGAGAAAUCUAAUAUAAUUAAGCCUGGAUACACCAUAAUUGAACCCACAUCGGGUAACACGGGGAUCGGACUUGCUCUCUGUGCUGCCGUUAAAGGAUACCGCUGCAUUAUGUGUAUGCCUGAGAAAGUGAGCGAUGAGAAGGUCGACGUGUUGAAAGCUCUCGAUGCGAAAAUUAUCCGAACCCCCACAGAAGUUCCAUCCGAAUCUCCGGAUUCGCAUAUAGGCGUUGCUCAGAGCCUUAAUCGUGAAAUAAAGAAUUCGUGUAUAUUAAACCAAUAUGAGAAUCAGUAUAAUCCUAUUGUGCACUAUGAAGAAACUGCAGAAGAAAUUUUAAGUCAGUGCGGUGGAAGGGUAGAUAUGUUCGUCGCUGGCGCAGGAACAGGAGGCACUAUUACGGGGGUUGCCAAAAAACUGAAAGAAAUAAAUCAGAACGUCAAGAUUGUUGGUGUUGAUCCUGUAGGCUCUGUUCUUUCACAACCGGACCCCACGAACGCCAAGAAAGGUAACUGGCUAGUCGAGGGCAUUGGAUACGAUUUUGUCCCAAAAACGCUGAAUCGAAGCGUGAUAGACUCGUGGAUUAAGACCGACGACAAAACUUCUUUUGAAAUGGCACGCAAACUAAUAAAAUUGGAAGGCCUACUUUGCGGAGGUUCUAGUGGUGCCGCUAUGGCCGCAGCAAUCAAGGCUGCAAGAGAGCUCAAAGAGGGUCAGAUUUGCGUCGUGGUACUGCCAGACGGACUACGGAACUAUAUGAGCAAAUUUUUGAAAGACGAAUGGAUGGAACUACACGGAUUUUUAGAAAGUUCGCCUAAAGCUUCCGAAAACUACUACAACGGCGGCACUAUAGGCAGUUUGAAGCUAGAGAGAACAGAACGGAUCAGAAAUGGUCAGCAGAAAGGAACCCAAGGAUUUUGCUUAAUUCUAAUAUAUAACUUAGAUGCCACGUGCAAGGAAGCUUGCGAAGCCUUGGCGAAGGUAGACACCGAGUGGCUGCCAGUUGUGGAUACCUCCAAUAAGGUGGUGGGGAUUGCUGCUACUGAUAUACUCCUCAGCAACUUUAAAAGCGGACGACUGACAGAUGCGUCUCCUGUAGGCCGCCUUCAGGAGCUAUCUUCUCUGGGACAAAAAGUGCAGAACGUCAAGUUGAGCACAAAGCUUUCUAAAGUUGACAAACUCCUGCAAAAAAAGUAUUUCUGCUGCGUAACUGAUGACCACACGCAAGAAGUAAACCACAGAAUUCCCUAA